AUGCCGGAUGGACCGUACUACAAUCAGGAUUUUGAGGAGGCGGAGUUCAACGCUGCGAUUGACGAAAUGGCUGAAGAGGACGAGAGUACAGAUGAGAUGGACGAAAUUGAGCGCCAAAUACUAGAAGAACGACGCGAGAAGGAACUGUAUGACCGACUCAAUCGCAUGGUACGCCGCAGCGCCGAAUUGGAGCUGCCGAAGACCCGUGUUGCGACCCAAACGAUGUAUCCACCCGGCAGGCCGGACGAUGAAGCUGCUAACAGAGAGCCUAAUGAGAUGCUUCUUAAAGAGUGCCUUGCGAAUCGUAACCUUGCAGGCGUAGUAAAUGAGAGCAGCAAAAAUCAGUUGGAGGAUGACACAAUAAUCCUAACCGCAGGUAGUGACUCCAAGGAGCCUCUCGAGAGCAGACUGGAACGGCAAAAGGGCAGCAUGUCUCAACUGACUGAUGAAGAGAUUGAGCGAAUGAGGGCCGAAGUACCACCUCUUGAAUCCCAGUUUGACGAAUAUGCGCCGAUUAAAUUGCCGGCGAAUGCCAACAGCACAUCCGAGCUCAUCAGCGGUAUCAUUCAGAUGCCAAACGUCAAGGACAAGAAGUUCCUGCAGGAGUCCAUUAAAAUCAAGGACUACAGUGAGGAGUCGGCGCCUCCCAUCGAUGAGGACGAAAUUUGGCUCCGGGGGGUCAACGAGGAGCGUGCUAAGCGUGGCGAGCCUGAGCUGCGGUGCGCAGAGGGUGAGAAGCUGAGCGACAACCCGGAGUACGUAAGAGAGAGACGAGCCCUGGAGCUGCGGGAGGUGCGUGAUAUACGCAGGAUAGCCCAUGAGGCACGUAAGAAUCGCGAAGCUCUGAAGCACACCUUUUAUCGCAAAUUGCCGCGUAACAAUAUGGGUUUUGCGGAGCUAAAACCCUCUGACAUCGGACAGCUGAGCUUUCAGGAGGUCAAGGAAGAGUUGCGCGCACGUGGAUACUGUACGUCAGGGGGCGAGAAGCUCGCUAGGCUGCGACUUGAGUAUGCCCUCACCGAACCCGACGAGUGGCGUUACAGGAAAAUAGUGACACAGCCGCUGGAUGAGACUAAUGAAAACCUGCCUCAGAGAGCACGUGAGCGCAUUGCCGAUCUAAAACAAAAGGUGAAGUUUAUCAAUGAAUCCGGUUGGGGCGGCGACAUGCUCACCACGAUUUCCAGACUUAGGGCGAAGCAUGACCUAAUCAAAUUCUACGAUGACCCGGUGGGUUACCUUGGUCUGGACAUGUGCGAUCCCUCGCUACAAGUAUCGCCCGAGGAGGCUGAAGAGCUGCGUAACGCCCCAGUUGUGCACGAUACCGAGUUCAUCAAGGCGCUGCAGGACCCAAUAAACCGUCUACCCGAUAUCAUACCUCGUACUUUUAACCUACAACAUGAUGUGGAACGCCCGUAUCCGAAAUACGCGGCUACCCAUAAGGCGGAGCUUGAAGAUAUGAAGCGGGAAUAUUUGUCGUUUAAAGGCGGCAUUCACGAGGAGACACUGCUAGACAUAUCGCAGCGUUACGAGAUAAGCCUGGACUUCCUUGGAGAUGCAUGCUGCAGGCUCGGCGCCCGACCUCCGGUGCCGUUGGACAUGCCUCUUCGCAGCAUAAUCUCGUACAGCGCAAUUUGGGACCUUACAGAGUUCCUCAACAUUGCAGACACAUUGGAGGUUGAGGCGUUCUACAGCAUCUUGAAUAUCACAGAUGUGGCGGCUGAGCUAGGAAAAACUGUCAAGGAAGUGGAAGAGGCAUGUAAGAGUCUGAACAUCAAACUACCUUUUGGGGCGGAAACCAAGCUGAAUCUUCACUGUCUCUUAGUGGUGGAGAAACUGCUGAAAACACCAGACUUAGACGUUGAUUUACUUGCCCAGGAUCCCUCCUAUCGCAACCGCUUCAGAGACCCCAACGACAAUAGGCCGUGCUUCCCGAACUCGAUGCAAGAUGACAUCCACCGCGAAGCUAUUGAGCAGGGUGCCUUAUUUGAGCAACCCGAAUUUUAUGGUGAUGAAGUUGACUGA